AUGUUCCGUGGCGUCACGGGCCCUUGCCGCAUGCGUGUGUUGUGUCUGACGGCGGUGCCCGACGGCGGGGCCAUGACGCGGGCGCUGCGGAAGCUCGGCUACGUGCCGUACACUCUGCGCUCCUGCUUUCAGCAAGGUCACGCGGCACGCCACCCGGCGGAGUGGUCGAUGAUACUUGACGGCAAGCAGCCGGUGGACAUGCGGCUGUUCAGCCACCACGACGCUGUUGUUGGCCCACCGGCGACGUUGAUUUACGACCGUCUGCUGCGCGCGUGCCCGGAGUACACCAAAGUCGUCCUCGUGGAGGAGCCGAACAAGCGGCGGUGGGUGGAGGAGUAUGAAACCCACGUGGGACCGCUUCUCCUGGACGAGGCGGGCAGCAAACUCUCGCGUCGUCGCAGCCGCCGCCGCGUGGGCCGGAGCGGCAUCGCCAAGGCGUUUGACAACAUGAUUCACAAAAUGACACCCUGCGGCGGGGCUGAAGGGCCUGUCGCUGCACUUGAGCGCUACGAGGCUGAAGUUCAGUCAAACGUGGAUAAGUCCAGGUUGUUAGUGUACCGCUACGGGGACGGUUGGGAGCCGCUCUGCAAAUUCCUCGAGAAGGGUGUGCCGGACGAACCCUUCCCACCGUACGACAGCGGCGUGCGUGUCAUUGGGAACCUGCAGGAGCGCAUUGAACGCACUGAGAAAUUGACGUAUUUAGUGGCAGCACUGGCGUGCCUUGGUGUGGCCUACGUUGUGUACCCCAUGUUUGGCUCCACGCGGGCCUACGUGCGUGAGCUCUACCGUGACUACCAAACAGCGUACAGCACAAGAUAA